AUGGGCGAAAGGACGCUGGUCAUCAAGUCUGUCGAUAUGCCCAGGGAGAUGCAAGAAAAUGUCUUUGUGAUCACUCAGCAGGCUGACGAGACGAAUACUCUGGAGAAGGACAUCGCCGGCCAGAUUAAGAAGAAGUUUGAUGAGAUCUAUGGCAAGAACUGGCAAUGCAUUACUGGGAAGCACUUUGGAAGCUAUGUCACCCACGAGAAGGGUCAUUUCAUCUACUUCUACAUCGGCGAUACCGCCUAUCUGCUCUUCAAGACCGCCUAA